UGAAGAGAGCGACGCAUGCGCGCGGCGGCGGUCGAUACCCGUGACGUCAAUGGCAGCUCGGCUCAGUCAGCCGCCAUCGGCCCCCGCGAUAUGAUGUGGCCGAGAUGCCUGGCAGCCGCCACACUGCUGCUGGCCGCGACCGCUAGCCGAGAGGUCUUCACCAACUCCUUCCUCGUGCGGUUCAAGCGGAGCGUCCCCCACGCGGCGGUGAGCCAGCUGGCGCAGCGGCAUGGCUUCGACAACCUCGGCCCGGUGCUGGGGUCGGACACGGAGUGGCACCUGGCGCACCGCGGGCUCCCGCACGCGCGCUCAAAGCGCUCCAUCCCGCACACUCGCGCGCUCAAGCAGCACCCGCUGGUGCACACGGCGGUGCAGCAGACGGGCUUCAAGCGGGUGAAGCGCGGGUUCCGCCCCCUCCGCCUGCCCGAGAGCCUGCAGGCCGCCGCCGCCGCCACCGACCCGCGCGACCCCUACUUCCCCCUGCAGUGGUACCUCAAGAACACGGGGCAGAACGGCGGGAAGCCCAAGCUGGACCUGAACGUGGAGGCCGCCUGGGCGCAGGGGUAUACUGGGGUGAAUGUUACUACGGCUAUUAUGGAUGAUGGUGUCGACUAUAUGCACCCGGAUUUGAAGUACAAUUAUAAUGCGGAGGCUUCGUAUGACUUCAGCAGCAACGACCCCUUCCCCUACCCACGCUACACCGACGACUGGUUCAACAGCCACGGCACGCGGUGCGCGGGCGAGGUGGCGGCGGCGCGGGACAACGGCGUGUGCGGCGUCGGCGUCGCCUACCACUCCAAGGUGGCCGGCAUCCGCAUGCUGGACCAGCCGUACAUGACGGACCUGAUCGAGGCCAACUCGAUGGGCCACGAGCCCAACAAGAUCCACAUCUACAGCGCGUCGUGGGGCCCCACCGACGAUGGCCGCACCGUCGACGGGCCACGGAACGCCACCAUGCGGGCCAUCGUGCGCGGGGUUAACGAGGGUCGCAACGGUUUAGGCAACAUCUACGUGUGGGCCAGCGGCGACGGCGGCGAGGACGACGACUGCAACUGCGACGGGUACGCCGCCUCCAUGUGGACCGUCUCCAUCAACAGCGCAAUAAACGACGGCCAAAACGCGCACUACGACGAGUCCUGUUCCUCCACCCUGGCCAGCACCUUCAGCAACGGCGCUCGCGACCCCAGCACCGGCGUGGCCACCACCGACCUGUACGGCAAGUGCACCGCCACCCACUCCGGCACCUCCGCCGCCGCGCCCGAGGCUGCGGGCGUGUUCGCGCUGGCACUGCAUGCCAAUCCGAGUCUGACAUGGAGGGAUAUCCAGCAUUUGACCGUGUUGACUUCUAAGAGGAAUUCUCUGUACGAUGCUAAGGGCCGCUUCCACUGGACGAUGAACGGCGUGGGGCUGGAGUUCAACCACCUGUUCGGGUUCGGCGUGCUGGACGUGGGCGCCAUGACGGCGCUGGCCGCCAGCUGGAAGUCCGUCCCCCCGCGGUACCACUGCGAGGCGGGCGCGGUCAACACGCACACCGAGAUCCCGCCAGAAGGCAGCAUCAAGCUAUCCAUCUCGACGGCGGCGUGCGCGGGCGCGGGCUCGGAGGUGCGCUACCUGGAGCACGUGCAGGCCGUGGUCAGCGCCAACUGCUCGCGCCGCGGCGACCUCGAGCUCUUCCUCACCAGCCCCAUGGGCACCAGGUCAAUGAUCCUGAGCCGGCGCGCGAACGAUGACGACUCCCGGGACGGCUUCACCAAGUGGCCCUUCAUGACCACGCACACUUGGGGCGAGUACCCGCAGGGCGUCUGGACCCUCGAGGCAAGUUUCAAUAGCGGCGGCAGCGCGACCCCGGCCUCUGGUUGGCUGCGCGGCUGGUCUCUAGUCCUGCACGGCACUAGGGCGCCGCCCUACGCCCAGCUCCAGCCCCAGGACCCGCACUCCAAGCUCGCAGUCGUCAAGAAGGCUCAUGAAGACAACGCGACCAUUAAGUAAACAGAUGAAGGAUGCUGAUGAAACGAUGGAGUUUGGUUGAUUGAGGUUUUAGGGUUGAAGCAUUCGGGUUCGGGUUUUUGUUACAGUGGUUGAUUUGGUGUAGUGGUUGGAUUAAUACGGGAGGAUUUUAUGAAAAAGAUUUUUAAAAUGGGGAUAAGGGUAACUAAAAAUGGAUUGUUAUUUGGGGUGGACUUUACAUUUACGUUAACCACUUUUUCAAAAACUGCAUAACACGAAAUUUUAUGCGAAACAAGAUCAUUUAAAUUUGAAAUCCUUGUUUGAAAAGCGAUAAAUUUAUCGACUUUCUGGUUUUGAAGAAUAUCUAAAUGUAUACGAGAUGAAAAUACGUCAGAUUUAUAUAAUCACCUAUGAUGUAAGUAUACAAUUAAAUUCCAUCGUUUAUCAGUAGAAUAAGAUUGUUAAGUGCAUUAAAAACGGUGUUAACAACUUUUAACAAAGUAGGUUUAACCUGUAAGCUAGGCACCGAAAGAGUGACCUCACGGUAAGCAAAGGGCUAAACACCAUCUCCCAUGAAUG